AUGAUACCAUUAAGUGGUCCGGGCAGAUUGUUGAACAAGCUUCUCGAAGCUGGUAAAAGAAUGAUCAUUCCGGCUGUGGUCAAUAUGCGUCUACUAAUGCUGAUAUUGGUUUUGAUGAGUGCGCUGCUGGCACCAGUCCUGGGUUCCUUUGAAUUUACAGGACAGUCUAUCAAAGAUGCUCUGGCCGAGUACACGCUGACGGAUAUCAUGAACAAUAAUCAAUUUGCGGGCAUCGAGUUCGGAGAGGCAGAGGAUGGUUUUCCCGCUUUUCGUUUCCUUCAAACGGCAGACGUAAAGUCACCGUACCGCAUGCUCUUGCCCGAGAAACUGUACGAGUUCGCCAUCCUGAUCACUUUCCGGCAGAGCUCACUGAAGGGCGGCUACCUGUUCAGUGUGGUCAACCCGCUGGACACUGUCGUUCAGCUGGGCGUCCACCUGUCGCCGGUGGUGAAGAACAGCUACAACGUAUCGCUGGUCUAUACGCAGGCGGACCAAAGCAUUGGCCGCAAGUUGGCCAGCUUCGGUGUGGCUCAUGUGCCGGACAAGUGGAACUCGAUCGCUCUCCAGGUGCUCAGCGACAAGGUGUCCUUCUAUUACGACUGUGAGCUGCGCAACACCACGCCAGUGCUCAGGGAACCCAUCGAGUUGGUCUUUGACUCUGCCUCAACUCUAUAUAUUGGCCAGGCGGGCUCCAUUGUUGGUGGCAAGUUCGAGAUGAAGGAGAGGCCGCGCAAGCGUUUGAAAAUUCGAUCGCUGAACUCCUGA